CAACGUAACCCAGCCAAUUUAUAGGCGAAUAGUGUUCUUCUACUGCAAUUAAUCUUCAUGGAGCCCCAACAGGUUGGAUCUUCUUCUUCUUCUUCUUCAAGUUAUGAUGUGUUCAUCAACUUUAGAGGAGAAGACACUCGCAAUACCUUCGUUGGUCACCUUUAUAGGGCUCUAAAGGAUCGUGGAAUUCAUGUUUUCAUUGACAGCAAAGAUCUGUGGAAAGGUGAAGAUAUUGGGCCGGAGCUCCUCGGAGCAAUAAAAGGAUCCAAGCUCUCGAUCGCUGUCUUCAGUGAAAGAUAUGCCGAAAGCAAAUGGUGUCUCUGGGAGCUAGUUCAAAUGCUGGAAUGUCAUAGAACCAACGGUCAGGUCAUUUUCCCCAUUUUCUUCAAAGUUAAGACAUCAGAUGUUAAGAAUCAGACUGGAAGUUUUGGAAUUUCACGUCAGAGACAUGGCAAGGAGGCGCCCGAAACUCUGCUGAAAUGGAAGGAAGCUUUGCGAGCGGUGGGUGAUAAGAGUGGAUGGGUUUUUAAUGAUGGCGCUGAUCAAUCAGAGCUAGUGGAUAAAGUUGUCCAAAGUGCUUGGAUUCGACUGAAUAGAGUCCCGUUGAUUGAGGUUAAACACCCUGUUGGAUUAGAAUACCGUGUAGAAUCUGUAAUAUCUCUACUGUCAAAUACCAGUUCUGAGGAUGUUCAGUUUCUAGGGAUAUGUGGUUUGGGUGGUAUUGGGAAGACAACCAUUGCGACAGCCGUAUACAACCGCAUCUUUAGAAACUUUAGCAAGAGUUGUUUUCUUGAUGAUAUCAAAGAGAAAGCAUCACAACCCAAUAGUGUUGAUUGCUUGCAAGAGAAACUUCUUUACAGUAUGUUCCGGGAGGAAAUAAAAAUAUGUAGUCCUAAAGAAGGAUCAAGAUUGAUAAAAGAUAGACUUGGGAAAACAGAUGUUCUUCUCAUUCUGGAUGAUGUGGAUAAUCAUACCCAAUUAGAUGCAUUGGCUGGUGAUAUCAAUUGGUUUGGUCCUGGAAGCAUGAUAAUUAUAACAACUAGAGAUCAGAGCAUUCUAGGUAGAGUUCCUCAAAAUAAUAGAAAAGUAUACGAGCCUCAAGAAUUGAAUACAGACAGAGAGUCUUCAACUCUUUAGUUCUUAUGCUUUCUAUACGGACCAGCCUCCUGAUGAUUAUAUGCAGCUUUCAAUUGAUAUAGUACACACGACAGGAGGGUUGCCUUUAGCCUUGGAGGUUUUGGGUUCUGAUUUAUCUAUGAAAAAAGAUAAAGAAGUAUGGAAAAGCAUGUAUCGGAUAUUGAAACAAGUUCUUCAUAAUGAUGUCUACAAAAGGUUAAAAAUAAGCUAUGAUAAUCUGCAAGAUGAUAUUGAGAAAGCCAUGUUUCUUGACGCUGCAUGCUGUUUUAUAGGAUAUGAAGAAGAAGCUGUAAUUUCCAUAUGGGAAGGUUGUGGUUUUGAACCGAGAUACCGUUUAGAAGUUCUCAAGA